GAAGCCCAUUACUAAUUAUUAGGGUUUCACACUCCUAGUCCUAGCCGUCAAACACUAAAAUCCCACAUAUUUUCCCUUUCACUCUCUCUCCUCCUCUCUUCCUCUCCUUCGCCAUCUCCUUCUCUCUUCACCCCAAAUCGCCGACUUCUCAUUCCGUUCGCCAUAUCCAAAUUCUUAACUCUAACCCUAUUUCGAAUCACAAUUUAAUACUCUAACCCUAGAAACUAACAAACCCUAGCAGAGAGAAUGAAAGCAAUUGUGAAAUCUAAUGGUUGGGAAAAUUUGUGGUCGCGAGAACUACUGGAGCUUCAGCGAACAUCAAUGGCGGAAACAACGCUUCUAUGGAGGACAAGAAGCAUGCUGAGCAAUCUACUCACUUCAAUUAAGGAGAGGGCGCUGAAACUAGAGAAUGAACAGCUGAAGGAUGAGGUUGCAAAAUUGAUGGGCAAUUCCAACAGAGGAAACCAGACCGAUUUAGAUUUAAAUGGUGUGAUGGAGGAGGGAGUGGAGGGUGAUGAUAUACAAGGCCCUCAGCCGGCUGUAAUAUUGAUGGGUAAUUCCAACAAUGAAAACAAUGCAGAUCUGGAUUUAAACAAUGUGGUGGAGGCGAGUUCUCAUAUACAACCCCCUCAGCCGGUUGCAAAAUUGGUGGCCAAUUCCAACAGUGGAAACCAAACAGAUUUAGAGUCAAACAACGUCGAGGAGGUGGGUGCACAUAUAGCAUUCCCUUAACCGGUAAGAACACUUCCUCUGCUAUGGUAGCAAGCUGUAGGGGCAUGAGGCUAAGCAUUUGAAUUAUUUUUUGUCUUUGCACUGGUAAUUCUAAUUGGGCUAUAUAAUGAAAGCUCCUUAUUUUUCUGAUGAGAACUCGCAUUCUCAUUUGAUUCCCUUGUCUCCUAUAUGUAAAACUAUGAUUGUUUAUACCUAUUUAUUAACUACUAUACUUCACCAGUGUAAUAAAGUAGAUGCAGUGUAAUAAAGCAUUAAUUUGCAGACAUGAUGAAGAUUAAUGUAUUGUAUAUUUACUUGGUCAGUACAUUCCUGUACAAUCUGUUACUAAUAAUGUGACUUAGUCACCACUCUCUAGUCUCUCCAGUUAUCUUGGGAUUUUGUGGUUGUGCUAUCCUUACGAUCAGGCAGGGAAAAUCAGCAAUAUACUGACCAGACAGAGAACACGAAGACUCAGGUAUACUCGACUAGAACAAUAAAUAUUCGGACAGGCUUGACAGCAGGCGAGGGUAGACGAAUACAGCUACAUUAUGUUGGUGCCUAAGACAUGUUGGUGCCUAAGACAUGUUAUCCUACUGAUAAGUGGUUUACUUGGCAAAUCGGCAGUCUGCUGCACGUUCUAAAGAGAGGAAAGCUCGAUACAUAUUGGAGUUGGAGCGGAAAGUACAGACUCUUUAAACUGAAGCAACCACCCUUUCUGCACAACUCACCUUGUAUCAGCACUCAAUGAAGCAUUAAAGCAGGAAGUGGAGAGGCUUAGAAUGGCCACAAGCGAAAAUGCGAAAUGAUGGGUCCUUCAGAAUAAUUUAACUUACGGAAAUAAUAACAACUUGCACCAUAUGCAUUCAUCCAAUUCCCAGGCCAAAAUCAACCCUUCAGAAUUUAUGCCGAAUGAUUCCCUGGGAAGAUUACAAGGGCUUGACAUUGGCGGCUGAGGAACACCCGCCGUGAAAUCUGAAGGUGGCUCGAUGUCUGCAAGUGAAAGUAGCACAACAUUUUAUUGAGGCUUUCUUUGGUGAUCAUUAUCACUUCUUGGAGCCUUUAAUUGGGUGAUAACACUUCAAUUUUGUAGCUAAAUUUCAUUAUAUCUCUAACCAAAUUCAUACUGUUCUAAUGAUGUUAGAUGAUAUUUGCUGAGAAUUUUAACAGGAAGUCAUAAGUGUAUACAGAAGAGUAUAAAAAGCAAGUAGUAACAGUGUGUAAUACAGGAUUUGUCUAGCAUUUACAUGAUAUUUUACUACAAAUACGCAGGUGUUAAUAG